CUCUACUAACCUGCGCGAGGCGAUCUCUUUGCUCAGUCGGCGCUGGGGCCAAGCUCCCCUCCGCGCGAGUGCUUUUUCUCCAAGCAUGUCCAAAGAAGCGCCGCUCUCUAUUGCGGAGCGCGAUUUUAUCCUUGAGGCGCUGCAGGAAGAUGUGCGCUUGGAUGGACGUCGUUUUGACGAAUUCCGUCCUCUGCACAUCUCCUUUGGUCCUGAAUAUGGGCUGGUGACGGUGCGGCUAGGACGGACAACCGUUGCUGUCCGCAUUUCUGCAGAGGUGAGCAAACCUCGCGAUGACCGUCCGACAGAUGGCAUCUUCCUCAUCGCGCUCGAGUUGAGUGCUAUGGGCUCUCCAGCAUGGGAGAACGGACGUCAGAUCGAUCUCGAGCCCUACGUGACGCGGAUCCUUGACAGAGUUAUCCGCCACUCCAAUGCUCUGGACACAGAAUCUCUCUGCAUUGUGAAGGGAGUCAGCUGCUGGAGCAUCCGUGCGGACGUACACGUUCUUGACUACGACGGCAAUCUGAUCGAUGCAUCCUGUAUCGCUGUCAUGGCAGGCCUCCAGCACUUCCGUCGACCUGACGCCGUAGUGAAAGAUGGACAGGUUGUCGUUUACGACAUUGAUGAGCGUGUCCCGGUCCCGCUUAACAUCACCCACAAGCCGCUUACAGUUACCUUCCAUACAUUCAAUGAGGGAAAGUCGCUUCUCAUGGAUGCAACCCUCAAAGAGGAACAGGCAGCAGAGGGCGAUAUCGUGAUUGCUUUGAACAACACUGGGGAUAUCUGCACCUUGACCAAGUCAUCCGGCUUCCCCGUUAGUGCGAUGAACAUUGUGGUCAAGUCAUCUCUUGCGCUGCAAAAGGUCAAAGAGAUCAAUGCAACUAUUGAGAAGCUUCUGGCGGCUGAUAUGGCGCAGCGUGCCAAAAGGAAUCGUGGAGCUGAAUCGAGUGCGCAGAACGAUCGGUGAUAGUCGUAUGAUCGGUAGUGGGCGGUUUGUCUCGUUUCCAAAAAGAAAAACCAUGUAUCAUAAUCAUUCAACGGACUUCAAAAAGGAAGGAAUUCAGAAAUAAUGAAGUGAUGACUUAUCGAGAUAGUCAGACCGUUGCAGCAUCGUCAGCACGUGGGAGAAAUUGCGGAGUGCCGUUAUAAAUAAAUCUCGUAUCAACUCUUGGCGGUAAAACGGCCGCGUGGAACUUAUCCACAGUGCAAGACGGAGUAACUUGUACUCCUAGACCUAAUUUAUCACGGCCUAGGCAGAACAGAUAGAUCGUGGAUGCCGUCGC